CCCAUCUCUACAACUUCUCUUGAUUCCAGAAAUGGCCUCCAUGUUUUCACCAUCCGAGAUGUCCAACAUUGCAGCCACGUUGCUCUCCACUUACGCCUCCUUAGCCGGAACCUUAAUGCUCCUCCGAUCCAUGGCGAGCGAGCUCAUUCCUGAGCAGCUCAGAUCUUACUUCUUCUCCUUCUUUCACUACCUCUUUACCCCUCCCUCUUCCAACCUCGCUCUCGUUAUCAACGAAUACAGCGGCAUGUCAAGUAAUGAAGUAUACAAUGCCACCGACCUCUAUCUCGCCACCAAGAUCAGCCCCAAAACAGAGAGGCUCAGGCUUAGCAAAACCGAGAGGCAAAAGAAUUUCGCGAUCUCAAUCGAAAAGGAUGAAGAGAUCGUCGAUAUUUUUGAGGGAAUUCAGUUGAAAUGGAGGUAUAACUGCAUAGAGCCCCGGGAACAGUAUUCUGCAGAGAAAAAAUUCUUCGAACUCAGUUUCAACAAGAAGUUCAAAGAUAAAGUCGUCGACUUUUAUUUACCUCAUGUUUUGGCCAGGGCUAAACAAAUCAAAGAAGAGUCCAAAGUGGUUAAGAUCUAUAAUCGUGACUGUCCUCGCGGCGAUGAUGAUACCGGUAUCUGGGGUUCCAUGAUUCUUGAGCAUCCAGCCACAUUUGAUACCGUAGCCAUGGAUCUGGAGCUGAAGAAGAUGAUAAUCGAUGAUUUGGAGAGGUUCGUGAGGAGGAGGAAGUUCUACAAGAAAGUGGGGAAGGCAUGGAAACGAGGGUAUUUGUUGUACGGCCCUCCAGGCACUGGAAAAUCGAGUUUGAUUGCUGCCAUGGCCAAUUACCUCAAGUUUGAUGUAUACGAUCUGGAGCUUGCAAGUAUUUACUCCAAUUCAGACUUGAGAAAUGUAUUGUUAUCAACAACUAACAGGUCAAUUCUUGUGAUCGAGGACAUAGAUUGCAGCAUUCAGGUUCAAGAUAGACAAAAUCACUCAGAAUCUGAUCUUUCAAACAAAAGGUUGGGUACCAUUUUUGGGUUUGAUUAAAGACCAUUAGUUUCGUUCAAUCUUUUAAUAAUGUUUGAGAUUCUAAUUCCUCUGUUUUUUUACACUGCAGUUAACGCUAUCUGGCAUAUUGAACUUCAUUGAUGGACUGUGGUCAAGCUGUGGGGACGAGAAAAUCAUUGUGUUGACGACCAACCACAAGGAUAGGCUUGAUCCGGCACUGCUGCGUCCUGGCAGGAUGGACGUGCACAUCAACCUGUCCUAUUGCACAGUUGAUGCGUUCAGGAUCUUGGCUUCUAAUUACCUGGACAUCAGCAACAGAGACCAUCCCCUGUUCGGAGAAAUCGAAAGCUUGAUACAGAGCACGGAGGUGACCCCAGCAGAGGUGGCAGAGGAACUGAUGAGGAGUGAAGAUGCUGGCCUUGCUCUUCAAGGACUUGUUAACUUCCUUAAACACAAGAGGAGUAAAUGUGAUAAAAUUGAGGAGGAAGUUGCUGAGAUUGAAGAAGUAAACAGUUUGAAAAGUGAUAAUGAGGAAAAGGAAAUUAGUGUUAGGAGGAAGAGACGAAGGGGGAUCAGGAUAGCAACACGAAGACGGCGAGGAAAGGGAGCGACAAAGGAUUGACUACGUAGAAGUGCCAAAUUGUUUUUUCACUGAAAAAAUAUAGUGUAGACUUUGGUUGCAGUGUCCCUGCCUCAGUUGAUGUUAAGAAAAUUUGGAAUAAGGCAAAUUGAUGUAGAGUAUAUAAGACCAGCAAGGUUGAUUCUAAUAUACAUAUCCCUUCUCA